UCUUGCACGCUGCUCCUGUCCCUUUUUUCGUCUAGAGCUUUCUGCUUCUCCUUGUCCCGAGACCGGGCACCGCAGAGGGAGAAGUAAACUUUACUCGUUGAGUCCUUUGGUAUCAUACUAGGACUGUACAUGUCAGUUUGAAAAUGGCAGCAAAGUAUAUAAUUGCUUCUGUUGCGGGAUCAUUUGCCAUUGCUUUUGCAGCUGAUCAGCUUGUUGCUGAGAAGAAGUUUUUUGGAGGGACUACACCUCGCACUGUUUCAAACAAGGAAUGGUGGGAAGAAACGGACAAAAAAUUUCAGGCAUGGCCCCGCACUGCUGGCCCUCCUGUGGUGAUGAAUCCCAUCAGCCGCCAGAAUUUCAUUGUUAAGUCUUCAUCUGAAUCUUGAAGACUUAACUUUUACUUCUGUUUUGUCAAUGGCUUCAGUUUGAUUUGCUAUUCCCUGUGAAGAAAUUGUGGUGCCAGACUUUGUUUAGUCUGGCUUUUCAUUUAGAGUAGUUCUUAGUUCAGAAAAUUGUCUUGCCUCUUUUUGUUUUUUUCAAACUCAAUCUGGCCAGACUAGCGUUUGAGGAUGAUAUCAGUCGUCCUAGAUCUCAAUAAAUUUCUGCGGAGCAAUACCAAACUGCUUUUUACAUUACUAGAUCUCAAUAAAUUGUAUGAUGAGCAGCAUUGUAUAAUCAA